AUGCUGAGCUUCUGCCCUCAGAUACCUCACUCUGUGCUCUUCCUGAUGAUGUUGCCUCCAUCACUGCUUAGCACAACGGACUUCCUGUACCAGUAUGCUGCCUGGGAAAACUACCCUGGACUUGGUUUGGGCCCCAGAACUUUCCAGCACCAGGAAGACCAGAACCCAAGACAUAUGUGGCACCGAAGGGAUUCGAAUCAGAAAGUAUGCCAGGCCACCCCGGACAUCUACUUUGUUCUGGAUAAGUCUGAACACAUGAUGAACGCCUGGCCGCAUGUUCACAAGUUUGUGGUGGAUAUGCUGCAGAGAAUAACAAACCAGGAUCUGCGGGUGUCCAUCAUCACCUUCUCCUGCAAAGGCAACAUCAUCCUGCCCAUCACCGGGGACAAAGAAGAAAUUCUUAAGGGUAUUGAAAGGCUGAAGUAUAGCAUACCUGCAGGACAUCUGGACAUUUUCCGAGGAAUUUGGAAGGCAAAUACACAGAUGAAAAAGGUCAACUCAGGAGGUGUUGAGCGUCCCAGCAUGAUUAUCUCCUUGCUCAACGGCCCCCUGAGUAAAGAGGCUUACAAUUAUUCUCUGGGCGAGGCUAAUUAUGCUCGGAAACACGGAGCAUCCAUUUACUGUGUGGGUACGGGGUACUCUGAGGAAAAGCAGAUAAUAGGACUGGCAGGCAAACCAGAAAAUGCUUUUCCAUAUAAGAAACCUGAAAACCUUAAGGACCUCAUUAACCCAAUAGCGUCCAAGGUCUGCCCAUAUCUUAAAUCUUCAGAGACACGCAUUAUAUGCGUAAGAGUAUCAAACCCGGUGGUACUGCGUGGAUACGGCUUUGACUUUGCCAUGCGGAAGGAAGAAGCUAUUUGCAGGUUCUAUUUCAGUGGCAUAGUCAUGACUUUCGAAGAUGUCAAAGCCACCAAUCUAACCAGGACAACUGCUACUUGUCCUGGACCGAUCGUAGACAAACCAGGACAAGUGAUCUAUGUUUUACUCAGCCUGGACAAUGGAAAAAACUUCCUGAAUAACAAUGUAUUCGUUGCAAGCAAGCCCUGUGUGAGUACCCGGGCCACAACUCUGCCAACUACAGCUACAACCAGUAGGAGACUCACAACUAAAACAACACUUACGACUACCACAACCACCACUGAAAGCCCCACCACCAUCCUGUUCACAGAGCAACCGAAGCCAAGCGGCAAUGGAUUCAUUUUUGCCCCUGUCCUAUUGGCCCUGCUGCUGACUAUAUUGCUGAUUGGCUGUCUCUGGCAGCUAUGUUCUCUUCCUCCGCCUGUCAAGGAGCUACCCCCGCCUAAGCCCCAGCCACAGCCCAGACAGAAGAGACAACCCCCUCCUCCAGUGUCUCCCCCAGCACCCACACCACCUGUAGCCCCAUCCCCCAUUGUGAUCAUCUGCUGCUGCACCUGUCGUGGCCUGUGUGUGAGCAGAGACAUGGAGGGCAAUGUGAUCGUGUGCAACUUCAAUCCCCUAUGCUGCCACCAGUUGCCAUCGAUGUGGCCUCAGUGUGGUGACCAGGAGCAGUGCACCAACUAUGGCUUCCUGAAGGCCCUCUGCGCUCAGGACCCCUGCAGCCCCAAGGUCCCGGGUGCCUCCUCUGCCCGCCCCGGAAGAACCAAGGGUAGGGGACCCUCUAGAAACCUGAAGGUCCCGCCCCCGAGGCGGGGCCUGGAAUCCCGCGGGCUCUACAGCCAAGUUCAACAGCGCACACUGGCUGGCACGCCGCUGGUACCCUCCGGCCCCGCUGAUGCUGUGGGAGAGCCUAGGUUCAUCUUUAUUGAUGAUUAG